UGGAAGAGAGAGAGAGAACAGAGUCGCCGCCAUGAUCCAAUCCAUCUGGACGAUGGAUGAACAAGCGAGGCCUUUCUUUUUGACAGUUGGGUUCUUCACGUUCCGUAAAUCAGAGAACAAAAGAAGAAGAAGGUCGCGUGGAAUUCGCUUUUGUUUCUCCCAAUUUAAUAUGCUCAGCGAUCCAAUGAUGAUGCCUCUUCUCACUACACAGUCCUACCAAUUCAACUGCCCAAAAUUGGUCAAUUCUUGACGAAAUUUCGUCUUCUUUCGGUCAAUUUUCUUCAUCUUCUCCACUGUUUCGCUUAGCUAAGCAAUACGUCUUCACUCAGAAAGAACUUUCGAGCUGUUAAAAAAAGGGCUCUCCCUGUUUCCAUUACGUGACCAUUACCCCACAUGAAGCUGCAGAUACCUUUCCUCAUAAUGUGGUUUUUUUCCCCAUGUUGGUUUGUUUUAGAGCGCUCAAUCGAUUACUAAAGAGCUUCUCACUCUCUUGUUUUUGUUCUUCUUCUUCUCUGCUGCAUUGAUUUUGAUUCUGUGUGUAAUGGAAUAGUCUUUGAUUGAAGUUUUGUCUUGUGGGUUUUUUUGGGUUUUUGAUUUUUUGAAAUGGGUUUGAGUUGGAACUAAUUUUCGUCGGCUGUGAUCGUUUGAUUCCUCUUUUUCGUUUUGGAAAUCUGGGUUUGUUUGUUUGUUUUUGAAGUGUGUUUUGGAAAUGGCACCGAGAUUGGGGUUUUUGUGUUGGUGGGGAACGGAGAAGGACUCUCAAAAGGGAACUCCGGUGGUUGUGACGAUGGAGAAACCCAACUUCUCCGUCGUGGAGAUCGACGGUCCUGACGCCGCAUUCCGGCCGGUGGAAAAAAGUAGAGGCAAAAAUGCUAAACAAGUCACAUGGGUUCUUCUUUUAAAGGCCAAUCGAGCUGUCGGUUGCAUUACUUGGCUUGUUACAGUCCUCUGGGCCUUAUUGGGAACAAUCAAGAAGAGGCUGAUCUACAGGCAAGGAGUCGCCAUUGAAGACGGGAAGUUGGGAAGAGGGAGGUUACUGUUUGGAGUAAUUAGAGCUUUCUUAGUGACUUCCAUGGCGAUUCUUGCUUUUGAAAUGCUUGCUUAUUUCAGAGGCUGGCAUUAUUUUCAGAAUCCUAAUCUCCACAUUCCUCAGGCUUCUGAUUUGCAAGGAUUGCUUCAUUCACUCUAUGUUGCUUGGUUAACUUUUAGAGCAGACUACAUUGCUCCUCUCAUUCAAACACUCUCUAAAUUUUGCAUUGUUUUGUUCCUUAUCCAAUCAGUGGAUCGUAUGAUCCUUUGUUUUGGUUGCUUGUGGAUAAAGUGCAAAAGAAUUGAACCCAAGAUUCAAGGGGAUCCCUUCAGGUUGGAUGAUGUGGAGGGAGCUGGACACAAGUAUCCAAUGGUUCUUGUUCAAAUUCCCAUGUGCAACGAGCGCGAGGUUUACGAGCAGUCUAUCUCUGCAGUCUGUCAGAUCGAUUGGCCAAGGGACCGUUUACUAAUUCAAGUUCUUGAUGAUUCUGAUGAUGAGAACAUUCAAGUGCUAAUUAAGGCAGAGGUUGCUAAAUGGAGCCAAAAGGGAGUGAACAUAAUCUAUCACCAUCGAUUAAUAAGAACAGGAUAUAAAGCUGGGAAUCUCAAGUCUGCAAUGAGUUGUGACUAUGUUAGAGACUAUGAAUUUGUAGCAAUUUUUGAUGCUGACUUUCAACCAAAUCCAGAUUUUCUUAAACUCACAGUUCCUCAUUUCAAGGAUAACCCGGAGCUCGGUUUGGUUCAGGCCAGAUGGUCUUUCGUGAACAAGGACGAAAACUUGCUGACACGUCUUCAGAACAUUAACUUGUGUUUCCAUUUUGAGGUAGAACAGCAGGUUAAUGGAGUGUUUCUUAAUUUCUUCGGUUUCAAUGGCACUGCUGGUGUUUGGAGAAUUAAAGCCCUCGAGGAGUCCGGAGGAUGGCUCGAAAGAACAACAGUAGAGGAUAUGGAUAUAGCUGUGAGAGCCCAUCUUAACGGCUGGAAAUUUGUAUUUCUAAACGACGUUAAGGUUCUUUGUGAAGUUCCCGAGUCGUAUGAAGCAUAUAGGAAGCAGCAACAUCGUUGGCAUUCCGGUCCUAUGCAACUAUUUAGGUUGUGUCUUCCAGCAAUCAUAAGUUCUAAGAUAGCAGCAUGGAAAAAGGCAAAUUUGAUACUGAUUUUCUUUCUAUUAAGGAAGCUCAUCCUUCCCUUCUAUUCCUUCACGUUGUUCUGCAUAAUUCUUCCUCUAACCAUGUUCGUACCCGAAGCCGAGCUUCCUCUAUGGGUAGUCUGCUACGUGCCCGUCUUCAUGUCCUUACUCAACAUCCUUCCAUCCCCAAAAUCUUUUCCUUUUAUCAUCCCCUACCUUCUUUUCGAGAACACUAUGUCUGUCACCAAAUUCAAUGCCAUGGUAUCUGGCUUAUUCCAGCUCGGUAGCUCUUAUGAGUGGAUUGUGACUAAAAAAGCUGGCCGGUCCUCUGAAUCCGACUUACUGGCUACUGCUGAAAGGGACUCGAAGGUAAUGAAUCAAGCGCUGAUCUAUAGAGGCGCUUCUGAGAGCGAGCUUUCUGAGUUGAGCCACUUAAAGGAAUGCGAAAAAGUAGCCGCUGCACCUGUCAAAAAAGUUAACAAGAUAUAUCGGAAAGAGCUAGCGCUCGCGUUUCUUUUACUUUUAGCUUCACUCAGGAGUCUCUUGGCUGCACAAGGAGUCCACUUCUACUUCUUGAUGUUCCAAGGUGUGACCUUCCUCCUUGUAGGCCUUGAUCUAAUUGGAGAGCAAAUGAGCUAACCACACACCAAUGGAUCAAGGUGGAUAAACACCAUUUUCUUGUGCUGUAGCAGCAAGUUCUGUUCGUGCAGUAUAAUUCGUCCCACGGAGGAAUCAGUACUCAACAAUGCUGAAUCCGACCUCAAAUUCAAUAACACAGUCGAUAUCGAAGUUCUUCGUCAUACUCAUACAUCAUCUGUUAUUGUAAUCAUUCAUAAGCUUUUUCCAGCAGUUUAGUGUUUAUUAUGCAAAUAAGUUCUACAGCCUCCAUUGAUUUUUUCUUGUGUGUAGUUCUGGCUUUUCGAAGACCUCAUCAUGCACCGGACCCGAAUCGAGCUGCCGUUGUUGUAGCUUUCUGGUUUUCGGAACAUGUAAGACAUCAACUUCUCUGUAAAUGUACUGUUUAUCCAAUCUAAUUUAUAUAUCAUAUCUUGUUUUCUUCCACAA